CAGAGAGAGGGACAAGUGAGCAGUGAGCCAAGGGACAGCGGAGAAAACCAGACAGCAACAGGAGGAAGAAGAAGAAGAAGAAGAAGAAGAAUGCAUCUAGCAGUGGAAGGGAUUGGGUACCUGGUGGGGACGUGGAGAGGGGAAGGGCGAGGCCUGUAUCCCACCAUUGACUCCUUCGCCUACGCGGAGGAGCUCACCUUCUCUCAUCCCGACCCUCGCAAGCCUGUCCUUACCUACUCCCAGCGGACCUGGAACCCCCUCACCUCCCUCCCCAUGCAUUCCGAGUCCGGCUUCUGGCGCCCCAAGCUCGACGGCUCUCUCGAGGUUGUCCUUGCUCAGAGCACCGGCCUCGUCGAAGUCCAGAAGGGGACCUUCGACGCGGACCACAAGGUCAUCUGCCUCAAGAGUGAUCUUGUGGGCAACGCUUCCAAGGUGAAAGACAUCACUCGAGUGUUCAAUCUGGUCGAUGGGGAAUUGUCUUAUGUUGUUGAGAUGGCCACCGCCUUGACUGGUCUUCAGCCCCACCUUAAGGCUGUGCUCAGAAAAGUUUGACACCGCCAUCUUCUGAUUAUGUGGUCGAAUGUCGCAACUGACAAUGUCCAUUCCAAUGAAUAUGCAAAAUUCAGAUCACACAGGAAUAGAAUAAGAGGUCAUUCUAGUGUCAAAUUUCUGAUACAAUGUGCUUUAUGCCCUUGGACAGGAAAUUUGAAUCGAGGUGAUUUUAUGGCCCCUA